GAGGGGGGGUCAUCUUUUUUUGUUCCGCUGAAGAAGAAGAAGAAUACGAAGAAGAAGAAGAAGAAGAAGAAGGAUUCCGUUAGAACGGCGGAGUAACAGCGGAGCAGCAGCGGAGCAGCGGAGCCCAACACACCGACGACUUGAAACCACUGCGCCGCCGAUAGUAGGCUAAAUCACGGCCGCGGGAGGGAGCGCGCUGCCCCGUGGAGGAGAAAGCCGUUAUCGUCCUGCAGCUCCGCCGUUACUGGCUCCAGGCUCAGCGGGCACACGACUGGAGCUACUGCCGUUAGCCUCGGCUCCUCUGCGGCUCUGGGGGUUCUGGUAGGGGCAGAGGGGCGGGGGAACACCGAGAGGAGGCGGCUGGAAGUCUGAGACACUUCCAGCCUGAAGGGGCCGGUACCUCGGCCACAGCAGCCCGGACUAGCAAGCUUGUACCCACGCGGCUAAGUGAAUGGGAUGGAGCCGGGACCGUCUGGCGCUGUGCCCAUGGGGGUCUUCCCUCCACCGCUGCAGCAGGUGUUCCAAGCCCCGCGCCGGCCAGGAAUGGGCACCGUGGGCAAACCCAUCAAGCUGCUGGCCAACUACUUUGAGGUGGAGAUCCCAAAGAUGGACGUGUUCCACUAUGAGGUGGACAUCAAACCUGACAAGUGCCCGCGGCGAGUCAACAGGGAGGUGGUGGAGUACAUGGUGCAACACUUCAAGCCCCAGCUGUUUGGAGACAGGAAGCCGGUGUACGACGGCAAGAAGAACAUCUACACGGUGCUAGCGCUGCCCAUCGGCAGUGAACGGGUGGAUUUUGAGGUGACCAUCCCCGGCGAGGGUAAGGACAGAAUCUUCAAGGUGUCCAUCCGUUGGCUGGCCAAGGUGUCAUGGCGCCUGCUGCAGGAGACUCUGGUCAGUGGCCGCCUGCAGGUUCCCCUCGACUCAGUCCAAGCUCUGGAUGUGGCCAUGCGUCACUUGGCCUCUAUGAGGUACACUCCAGUGGGUCGUUCGUUUUUCUCCCCACCUGAAGGAUACUACCACCCGCUGGGUGGAGGCAGGGAGGUGUGGUUUGGCUUCCAUCAGUCUGUGCGUCCUGCCAUGUGGAAGAUGAUGCUCAACAUUGACGUGUCGGCCACGGCCUUCUACAAAGCCCAGCCUGUGAUCGAGUUCAUGUGUGAAGUUCUGGACAUUCGUAACAUCGACGAGCAGCCCAAGACCCUGACCGACUCUCAGAGAGUCCGCUUCACCAAAGAGAUCAAAGGUCUGAAAGUGGAGGUGACGCACUGUGGACAAAUGAAGAGGAAGUAUCGCGUUUGUAACGUCACCCGUCGUCCUGCCAGUCACCAGACGUUUCCCCUGCAGCUGGAAAGCGGUCAGACAGUAGAAUGUACAGUGGCUCAGUAUUUCAAGCAGAAGUACAACCUGCAGCUCAAGUAUCCACACCUGCCCUGUCUGCAGGUGGGACAGGAGCAGAAACACACCUACCUGCCACUGGAGGUGUGUAACAUUGUAGCAGGACAGCGAUGCAUCAAGAAGCUGACGGAUAAUCAGACGUCCACCAUGAUCAAAGCCACAGCUCGUUCUGCACCGGACAGGCAGGAGGAGAUCAGCAGGCUGAUGAAGAACGCUAACUUUAACCUGGACCCGUACAUUCAAGAGUUUGGGAUCAAGGUGAAAGACGAAAUGGCUGAAGUGACGGGCAGAGUCCUCCCUGCUCCCAUCCUGCAGUACGGAGGACGGAAUCGUGCCAUAGCUACUCCCAACCAGGGAGUGUGGGACAUGAGGGGGAAGCAGUUUUAUAACGGCAUCGAGAUCAAAGUGUGGGCCAUCGCCUGCUUCGCUCCACAGAAACAGUGCAGAGAGGAGGUGCUCAAGAACUUCACUGACCAGCUGCGUAAGAUCUCCAAGGACGCUGGGAUGCCAAUCCAGGGUCAGCCUUGCUUCUGUAAAUACGCCCAGGGAGCGGACAGCGUGGAGCCCAUGUUCAGACACCUGAAGAACACCUACUCUGGUCUUCAGCUCAUCAUCGUCAUCCUGCCUGGGAAAACUCCCGUCUAUGCGGAGGUGAAGCGUGUGGGCGACACUCUCCUUGGCAUGGCCACCCAGUGUGUUCAGGUGAAGAACGUGGUGAAGACGUCGCCUCAGACUCUGUCCAACCUCUGCCUCAAGAUCAACGUGAAGCUGGGAGGCAUCAACAACAUCCUGGUGCCUCAUCAACGGUCAGCAGUGUUUCAGCAGCCCGUCAUCUUCCUGGGAGCAGACGUCACUCAUCCUCCUGCUGGAGACGGAAAGAAACCCUCCAUUACUGCUGUGGUAGGCAGUAUGGACGCUCACCCCAGCAGAUACUGUGCCACGGUGCGAGUGCAGAGGCCGCGGCAGGAGAUCAUUGAAGAUUUGUCGUACAUGGUGCGUGAGCUGUUGAUUCAGUUCUACAAGUCGACUCGCUUCAAACCCACCAGGAUCAUUUUCUACAGAGAUGGUGUUCCUGAGGGACAACUGCCACAGAUUCUUCAUUACGAGCUGUUGGCGAUCAGAGACGCCUGCAUCAAAUUGGAGAAAGAUUAUCAGCCCGGCAUCACCUACAUCGUGGUGCAGAAACGUCACCACACUCGCCUCUUCUGUGCCGACAAGUCUGAACGAAUUGGGAAGAGUGGGAAUAUUCCUGCAGGAACCACAGUGGACACCAGCAUCACUCAUCCCUUUGAGUUUGACUUCUACCUGUGCAGUCAUGCGGGCAUACAGGGGACCAGCCGACCGUCUCACUACUACGUCCUCUGGGACGACAAUCGCUUCACGGCGGACGAGCUGCAGAUCCUCACGUACCAGCUGUGCCACACGUAUGUGCGAUGUACACGCUCAGUGUCCAUCCCCGCUCCCGCCUACUACGCUCGUCUCGUGGCCUUCCGCGCUCGCUACCACCUGGUGGACAAAGAACACGACAGCGGCGAGGGCAGCCACGUGUCCGGUCAGAGUAACGGUCGGGACCCGCAGGCGCUGGCCAAAGCCGUUCAGAUCCACCAUGACACCCUGAGGACCAUGUACUUCGCCUGAGCUCCACCCACCACCGUCACUCUACCAUCAAACCCCGCCCUCCACCCUCAUGAGUGGGCGGACGACCUCCACCCACUCCUCCACCACCACCACCUCAUCCCCAUCCCUUAUUCCUGACGACUGCCCACUAAACCUGCUCCACAGAGCUGCCACUCAAACAUGUGCCCCUCUUCCCUGUGAACCACAGGCAGACUCUGCAGCCUCAUGCACUCAAAGGUUAUGAAUAUUAUUAUUAUUGUUGUUGUUGUUGUUCUCAUUACUUUACCAGGACUGUUGCUCUUUUUAUGUUGAAUUUUUUUUUAAAUGUGGGUAUUAUUAUUAUUAUUAUUAUUAUGUAACUGUAUCGUACACUAUCGUCACACGAUGUGUGUAAAUACACAAUACGGAUAAGAGGAAGACAAAAAAAAAGGCAGGAAGGAAACUUUUACCUGCCGCGUCAAAGCUGCCUCUUCAUCCAUCGCAACGCAGGAUUACCAGUGUUCCAAAACCCUUAAAGGGACAGUUCAGGAUCUGUGGUUGUAGGAGAUGCCAACACACAGUCGGUGCAGAACUAUGGAUGAAAUCUACAUUUAUGACAUCUACGUUUACCUCUUCAUCUCACUGUUAGACAGGAAAGUGAAGUCUGUAAACCACUCACUCUCCCACACCAAACCCCAUAGAGAAAAUCAGUGAUUUUAACGUCACACACACAGGGGUUGUUGAUCCACUGCUGCCUCCAUCACUAAGUUCAAAUGUCUUAUUAAGUAAAAUUCGACGUUUGAAAGUCUUCAUUCAGAUUUUCCUCAGUGACACAAAGUGACCACACGAGGCAGCAGUAGACCAGCAGCUCCUGUGUACCCGCCAGCUAAAAUCACUGAUUUUCUCUAUGGGCUUUGGUGUGGGAGAGUGAGUGGUUUACAAACUUCAGUUUCCUGUUGGAAAAGUCUGUCUAACAGUGAGAUAAAGACACGAACGUGUUCUUAAGUAACCGCCUGUCGGCACCUCGUACGACCGCACUUCAAAAACAAAGCAGAAGAAAAAACCCUGAACUGACCCUUUAACAGGCGGAAUCCUCCGGAGGCGUGGUUCCGAACUCGCACACUUACACGUAUCAUUUUAAACGUAGCCGUGAACUAUGUUCAUGUUUUUUUAAUAAUGUUAUUAUUUUUUUAAAAACAGCCUUGACGAGUCUGAGGUUUGGUACAUUAGCACUUAGCGUUAGCAUGUAGGUGCCGCCAGUCCUGCACAUACUACAUUUGUUGAUUUUAUUUUUUUUAUUAUUUCUCGUAGUACACGUGAGGCGAGCCCUCUGCUCUUUUACAUGAGCAGAGACGGGUGAGUGUAGCGCGCCACCGCGCUGUUAGCAAGUCCCUGACAGAAUUAGCCCGUAGCCACAAGCUUAGCAUAAUGAUAGAGGGACCAUUAGCAUUAGAGUGUGUCGAUUAUACUUGCACCCCAUGCACCUAAACCAGCAUUAUUAGCCAGCCAAAAGUGAUGCCAACCACCGUUAGCCGGGCACUUAACCAGGAAGAUAAUCUUUCAUCUCUGUACGCAUCGAACAACGACGAGGCACUUUUUCUUUUUCUCUUUUUUUAACAAACUGUUUUUGUUUUUAAAACUUGUCUCUCCUGACGUUUGACGACGUCAACAUGUUCACACUCACAGCCUUCCAAACAAAGAUGUAACCAUGGCGACGGGCGAGGUCAGCACUACCGUAAAGCUGCAGUCGACGUCGGGGUCACUCGGAAAAAUAGUUUGUUAAACUAUAAAUUUGGUUUACAGCUGUUAGGAAAGUGGAGAUUCAUAACAUUAUCGUAAUAAUUAAACUUAAAUGUCACAAAAACACACUGAAAAUUACAUUUUCAGCAGAAAUGGGCGGGGCUUUCCGUUACCAUUUUCAGAAAACGUGCAUAACUACAUUUGUUUGUAUUUGUGCACAUUUUCAGAAACAAAUAUAUUUUUGCUGCUUUUCUUAUAAAUAUGUCACAAUUAUCCCGAUUUACGAUACAAUUGUAAAAAUCUGCCGUAAACUCUUACGAUCUUUAAAACGCAUAAAAAUGAUUUACCCUAAAUUUUGGUAAAUUAUUUUAGCAUCACGCAUAUGAUUGUUUUUUUGUGGAAAACAAGAAUCAUGAAUAAGAUUCUUUUUAAGUCCUGGAAUGACUUGAAAGAUGCUGGCUCCCCUUGUGGUUGUGGUACUUCAAAAUAAAUCACCAAGACUGUAUGUUGGUGAGUUGAGCACUGAUCAUCCAGACAACAAAAAUUUCACUUAUUGUGAGUUUCUUUUAUCAUGAUGUCACGUUUUAGUCAAACAAAAACGAAGAAAGCGUGCUUUGUCAUGAUUUUUGAAAACAUGGCGGAUGAAUUCGGAGCAGAUUUUAAGUCUCUUCUGAUUCAUCGGGGAUAUAAUGUAGCUGUAGUAGAACAGCCACUAGGAGGCGCCCCCUCUGUCUCUAAACUGCUCUGUGAUUGGUCAAAGCUUCACCUGAUGCUAAGUUUGGAUGUUAAUGGAACUCAGAGCAGGUUACAACCCAAUUAUUGAUCAGCAAUUACGGAAAAAAGAUCCUGCGCACUGCAGCUUUAAACGUCGACCUCGCUUUGAUCGUUCGACACAUUCCAACACACACACACACACACACUGUGCAGCUAUUCUUCUGAGGACUCUGCAUUGACUUCAAUUCAUGUGGACAGACUAAACUAAGCCUUAUCACUAACCUUAACCCUAACCAGUUCAUGACUACCCCUAACCUUCCUAACUUAACCAGACUUCCAAACUUUAACCAGUUCGUUAGAAAUGAGGUUCUGCCUCAGUAGGACCAGGUUUUGGGCUUCAUGAGGAUGACUGGUCCUGACAAAGUCAGUGUUUAUGACAGAAAACACACACACACACACACUCUGAUCCCCUCAUUUGAUCACAUGUCUCCAUCUCCAUCAACUUCAUCAUCUGUCCUCGCCGUCUUGAUUGUCACGUUGAACCUGUAGCCCCGCCCCCUGCCCCAGUCCUCAGCUGUGUUGCCGAACCCCUCUGGUGCUCUGUGUGCGUGGGCGACACACGUUUGGGAUUGUUCCAAUGGACAGGGUGGGCAGCUAUUAAAGGGACAGUUCAGGAGGUUUUUUAAAGUGUGCUUGUAUGAGGUGUUGACACAUUAUUGUUAUUGUUGUUUGAGCUGUGUGCGCCCCCUGCUGCUGAGAACCCGCCAAGACACACAGGCUCAUUCUGAGUGAGAACAUGGCUGCCAGUUAACAAAAGACCCGUGUGUCUUAAAAUUUACGUCAGUUUAAGUCUACGAUAUCUUUAAGAACACGUUCACGUCUUUAUCUCACUGUGAGACAGACUUUUCCAACAGGAAACUGAAGUUUGUAAACCACUCACUCUCCCACUCACUGAUGUUAAAAUCACUGAUUUUCUCUCUGGACUUUGGUGUGGGAGAGUGAGUGGUUUACAAACUUCAGUUUCCUGUUGGAAAAGUCUUGUCUAACAGUGAGAUAAAGAUGUGAACAUGUACUUAUUUCCCUUUUGCUAAAAUGUUUUUUCUCUGAGAAAUGAGCCUCCAGGCUGGGUCUCAGCAGCAGGGGGCGCUCACAGCUCAGUCAGCACUGACUAUACUUGACCAUACUUUAAAAAAACAAAAAACAAAAAAAAACCUGAACUAUCCCUUUUACAUCUUGUCACUUUCUGGAUAAAUGGUAAAAAAAAAGAAAAAGAAAUGCAUGUAAUUAUUCUUGUACUGGAUUUUCUUCUGAGCCACCUUAACAUUUUCUUAGAGGUAGGAGCCGCGCGCUCACCACUGCCUGUCAGUCGUUUUGCCUCGAUUGUGUGACGGUUAUUAAGACUGCUUUAUUUUAUCUUUUAUUUUGUUGUUGUUAUGAUGAAUAUUGUGACAGUGUCAGUGUUUCCUCGAGGGCACUGUGGAGACGUCUCAAAAUUCCAGCUCAGGCCACGUCCACACAGCUCUGCGAUCAGAAAAGUCUUCCGCCUCCGCACGUCCACACCUGAGGACACCUGAGGACAGCGGUGUCAUGUGAACGCUCAGGUGUAAACAGGAAGCAGAUUCUCCUCUACAGCUUCGUUUUCCCGAAAUGAUGAGAAGUCGGGGUAAAAGUCGUAUUUUUCAGGACGGGUCUGUCUGCAGAGUGAAGGACGUAACUUAAAGUGUGGAAGCCCCGCCCCAUUUUGCAGUUUGCAUAACCGUCAAUCAAAUCACGUGAGAUACUUUUUUUUUAUUCGCAAUUUGAAAUUCUGCGGAUUCCGGCCACUUGUAGCUCCGCCCCCAUAUUGCAGUUUGCAUUACUGUCAACCAAAUCCUGUGAUACUGCUCUUUUUUAAAAGAAAAUUAUUUUUUUUGCAGUCUUCACGCGUGAUUCUGUGUGAUUUCUCCCCCGGCCUAUAGUUUCACCCACCUCUAGCCCCACCCCCUUUCCUGCAGUUCAUGUAACCGUCAACUAUAUCACAUGAUACUGCUUGUUUUUUUAUUAUUUUAUUUUGUCGACUUCUUGUCAGUUCUGCAAAAUUUUGCCAGAGUGACGUCCCGCCCCCUGCUUAUAGUCCCGCCCACUUGUAGCCCCACCUCCUCUUUCAAGUUGUGUCAACAAUAAACAUAUCCAGCGGUGCCAAAAAAAAUGUAUUUGUCCCCGCCCCAUGCCUAUAGUCCAGCCUACUUGUAGUCCCGCCCCUUCUCUUGUCGUCUGCAGAUGGAAACUAUUGUAGAUUGGAGAUGAAACUUAAAGUAAAGACGCUGUCAUAAUAACACGAGCAGUUAAACCUGCUGAAAACAUCACAAAUCGUAAAAAGCGUAAAAAACGGUAGGAAAGUGAAAUGUUGGUUUGCGUUAGUGCCAAAAAUGAAGCAGACAAAGAAGAAAUUAGCAUUUUGUUCGUCUGUUGCUGAAAAAACAUGUUUUUUUUCUACGUCAAGAAAAAGCAGAAAACUGCGUGAUGGUUCCUCUCGUCCAGACUAAAGUGCAGCCUUCGAGUUUUCAAAUCCAGAGCAGAAUUCACAUGUUUGUUUGUUUGUUAAAUGAAAACGCAGCUGUGUGGACGUCGCCUCAGUCGUCCUUUAAGCGCCUCAAAUCACGUUCGAUGGUUCCGAGCCUCUUUGAGACGAAAGGGAUGAAAAAAGAUUGUUUGGUUUUAGAUCAUGUUUAUGAGCUGAAAUCAUGAAAAUGGCCUUUUUGUUUCACUGUUUUAAUGAUGAUCCGUCGUCGUGUCCGAGGUGAUUAUUUGUAUAUAUAAAUAUAAAAAUAUGAACCUGUUGUGUAUGUGGACUCACCGGUUGCCGGGCCUUUCACAGUUGGUAGCCAGUGUUUCUGACCCUCAAAAAAAACAAAGAAGAAGAAGUAAGUGAUCAGUGUUUCCCAGCAGAACCACUGAACCCAGAUGCAGUUCUUCACUCACUGAAGCCACAAAGCACCUUGUUAAAGGGGGCGGGGGCGGAGACAAAAUAUCCGCCGCCCCACCCCCAGACAUGCAUCACGUGGACAGAGGAGAGUCCACGUUUCCACGCAGCCUCACUGUCUGACGAAGCAAUACUGAAGCCACUGAUCAACAACUGUCGUUGUCACAGCACUUCCCAGUAGAUUUGAAUGAAAGGAACGUGGGAGCGUAUUAUUUUGGCUCUGUAUGUGAUAGUGCGGGGAGGGUUAUUUUUUAAAGAAAAUAAAAUUGUUUUUUAUUAAAA